CGCACAUUGAUGACGUCGGAUAGUAGACACUAUUUACUUACAGCAGCAGUUGUUUCUUAACAUCGUAUAUUUUAACCAGACUGCACCACAUACACACGUAAGGCAAUGUCGUCUUUGUGUGGCACCAGCAACGGUUGGCAAGAUGCCUGUGAAGAAGAGUCCACAGAGAAGAAGCAGGACAAGGAGCAUCCUCGUGUACUUAUUCCUGAACUGUGUCGACUCUUCUACCAGCUGGGAUGGGUGACGGGGACGGGCGGAGGAAUCAGUUUGAAAAUAGGAGACCAGAUCUACGUCGCCCCAUCAGGUGUCCAGAAAGAGAGAAUACAGCCAGAAGACAUGUUUGUUUGUGACAUAGAGGAGAAGGACAUCUGCUGUCCACCUGCCUGGAAGAAGUUAAAGAAGAGCCAGUGCACCCCUCUCUUUAUGAAUGCCUAUACGAUGAGAGGGGCACAGGCAGUUAUACACACCCACUCCAAGGCUGCUGUCAUGGCAACAUUGCUGUAUCCUGGCAAAGAGUUCAGGAUAACACACCAGGAGAUGAUCAAGGGGAUUCGUAAGGGCACCUCAGGCACCAACUAUCGGUAUGAUGACACUCUGAUAGUGCCUAUUAUUGAGAAUACUCCAGAAGAGAGGGACUUGAAAGACCGUAUGGCCUUGGCCAUGGAGGAAUAUCCGAAUUCAUGUGCCGUCCUUGUCCGCCGCCAUGGGGUGUACGUCUGGGGAGAGUCAUGGGAAAAAGCCAAGACCAUGUGUGAAUGCUACGACUACCUGUUCGAUAUCGCUGUCCAGAUGAAACAGUGUGGACUGGACCCUUCAGCCCUCCCAACGGAAGAGGAAGGAAUAGUUUGACAUUUGCUGGUGCUUUUUAAAAAGAGACAUUUCUUGCAAGAAAGGUCAACGGAGUUCAAUCAGGAGAACAGAUUGUAAUCAUUUGCCUUUCAUGCUGACCGGCUUCAAAAUUGAUGAAAUUUGAUGUUAAGGGCAGAUUCAGAGUUGAAGGAGAUUGGAUGUCUGUGAUCCGGAAGAGUUAUGCUGCAAAGCACUGUGGGACAACUCAUGAGUGAGCAGCUGUCAAAUCAACGUCCCUGGGUCUGACUGCACUGAAUCAAGGUCUUAGUAUAUGUUAGGCAUGAACAUACUGUGCAUCUCGAUUGAUAUGUAAUGGUGAUUACCUGCCUUUGCUUCAAUCAAUAAAAACUUACAGAAUGUGUAUAAGCUGCAGAUCUUUUCCUAACUUUUAAAAAUACAAAUCCAAAGCUGAAACUAGAAAUUUUCAAUAAUUAUAAAUGUUUAAACCUUUUGAACAAUUUUUCUCUCUAUUUUGAAGGUACACAGAAUGGUGCCUGAUAGUGUGUAUAAGCUACAAAUCCUUUGCUGACGUUAUAAGCCAUAUUUCCCUUCAAACAGCAAAUAUAACACACAAUGCCUGUUUUUGACUUUUGAUGAACACCGCCUACACACAAAUGAC